UUAAACAUCUCAGUUUAUCCAACUUGCGUUUUCUAUUUCACACUUAACUCCUUUUUUCUUAAAAAAUCUUUACUUUAUUGAACCUGAAAAGCAAGCUUCUCUGGCCAGCGUUCCAAUGCAUUCUGGAUUACUGCUGUGAGAAAAAAAGAGUUGUUAAUCGACUUAUAACACAGAGUCCUCCCAUUUCCCUCUUUCCUAUCUUUUUUCUCUCUCUAACUUCUUCUCCUUCCUUGCGCCUCGACCUCGUCGUCCUUCUCGUCCCCUCCCCCCUCCUCCUCCUCCACCACCACCAUCACCACCUUCUCCUCCACCCUCUCCCUUUGAUGCUCUAGCACUACCUCCUCCUGACCGCGUCUCUUUCUCUUCUUAUUUUUCGUCUUUCUGUUAUAUUUUCCCGAUCUCUUCUCUUUCCAGCUCCGCUUGUUUCCUUGCUCCUUCACAAAGAAAUAAGCUAGUUCAACAAAGUCUUAUAUGUAUACUGAUAAAUAAGACGUCCAUAUCGGGGAAACGCGGUGGCAUUACUAGAAGUUGAAGCGAAAUUAAAGCCUGCCGGACAAUCAUUAAAGGGUUCUGCUGAGAACGUUUUCUUCGAUGCAGAGUGUCAAAGAAUAAAAUCUUGGAAGGAUAUUAGAGGACGAUAUAUCGUAUCAUUUGCAUCGAAAACCAAAUGGCUGAUGAAUAUUUUACUCAUUUCAUUCCUAGAAUCACUUGGCAAGCCAUAAAAGACAACGUCAAAACAAAUAAGAAUAACAAGAGAAACAUCAGUAUUUCAAGGCCUAUGCCUAACUUUGUCAAGUACACGCUCUCUCAAACCACGGUCGAGCAGUUGAGGGAACCGAUUUUUAACAUCUGGCAUUGGGAACCUAAUGAGAUGCUGUCCCUCAUGGAGCAUAUGUACCAAGUGCUGGGACUGACCGAAGAAUUUGGAAUCAACAGUGUUGUGUUGAGGCGGUUUCUGGUGGCUAUUCAACAAAACUACAGAAACAAUCCUUUUCACAAUUUUCGCCAUUGCUUCUGCGUCACUCAGAUGAUGUUUUGCAUCAUCCAUCUCUGCAAUCUAAAAGACUUGCUUUCAAAAAUGGAUCAACUCGUUCUUAUGACGGCCUGCAUUUGCCACGAUCUUGAUCAUCCAGGAUUUAACAACACGUAUUUUCUGCUUCCAUGUUUUUUCCAAUGGACAAGUGCAUUUCCGAUGUGUAUCGUACUUCGAAAACCAUCAAGGCAGCUACCUAAUAAGAAUCAGAAAAUAGGUCCGCAAUGCAUCCGUGAGCGUAAUCAAUAUUAUUUUUAUUCCAACCAGCCUGAUUGCAAUUUAUUCUGCAACAUGAGUAAAGAAGACCAGAAAAAGGUUCGCCAGGAAAUUGUGAUGUUGAUAUUGGCUACAGAUAUGGCACGGCACAGUGAGAUAGUGGAGCGGUUUAAGAGUAAACUGGACACCUUUGACUUUCACAACGAUGAUUACGUUAGCUCGGAAAUUGUGAUGUUGAUAUUGGCUACAGAUAUGGCACGGCACAGUGAGAUAGUGGAGCGGUUUAAGAGUAAACUGGACACCUUUGACUUUCACAACGAUGAUUACGUUAGCUCGCUCAAGAUGAUUCUCAUUAAGUGUUGUGACAUUUCAAAUGAAGUUCGACCGUUAGAAGUAUCAGAGCCCUGGGCUGACUGUCUUCUCGAAGAGUACUUCAUGCAGAGCGAUCGUGAGAAGUCUGAAGGACUUCCAGUGGCGCCUUUUAUGGACCGUGAUAAAGUCAGUAAACCAACUGCACAGAUUGGCUUCAUCAAGUUUGUGCUGAUUCCUCUGUUCGAGCUGUUAAACAAGGUAUUUAUAAUUAUUGCAAUCCGGACCGCGUUCUUAGCACUACCAUGAAGCCUUUUCUGUUACGAACAAGCCAGUCCGUGGACCGCUGGCAGCCGGCCUUCUCUCUCAGGAUUAGACGAGUGUUUUCCCUUGAACUCGAAUGCACAGGGGCGGUAUGGAUGAUAAGGGGAUUGGGACGAGUGACACGAGAAAAUGCCUCGCCUAUGUCUCGUGCCAAUCCCUUCUAGUCUGAAAGUCUUGCUUCAUACUCUUUCUCAUAGAUCACUAGCAUGGAUCAUAGCAAUUUUUCAU